UGUGUGCACAUUUCAGCUUGAUAGUUCAAUCCUUCGAUUAUACCGUCACUUCGACGGGACUUUUUUCUUUUUGCUUCCCUUUGGUAGAUCGAUAUAUUGCUUUCUAAUGAUCGAUAUUGAUUUCUAAGGCUAUGAUCAGCUGUCAGAAUACACGUAGCAGCCUGGUUACCAAUGGGUAAACACAGGGUGUGUCAAUCAACACACUUGGUGUGUUGAUAAACGCAGUUAGUGUGCAAGAAUGAAGUUCAUACACUCUUCGUUUGAAGUUAAAUAACAAGGAAUAUGUUCACUGGAUUAUCUUUCAUUAUAUUAAGUAUUAAGCACACGAGGCGAGUCCUACCUUUUAAUGUGACUAUUAUUCUAACAUAAUAUUUAUCCUUUAACUAAAUCGUUUUAAAGUCUACUCCACUAAAAAUAUGCACGUUGAAGUUGAAUAUGUUAUUGUGAUAAGAUUUUAUGUCAAAUUAAUCAUCAAACGAAAACAAGGUUGUUCAUCGUUCGAAAAUUAACUUGAUUAUUUUCUAAAUACCUGUAUUAAGUGAAAAAGCACUCAGGAACAGUAACCUUAAAAUAUUUUAGAGCUAUGGACCGCCAGGAUGUAGAAGACAAGAUGUCAAGAGGAAACAGAGAAGAGCUAAAGAAACCUGGAGCGUCACUUACACCCACUGAAGGCAAACAACAUCGCCAUGAGAACGAAACUACAAAAGAUAAAAUAAUUCAACCAAUAAAAGUUGGAGCUGCCACUGUGGUCAGGGCAGGAGAUUUUAUUGGACGUCUCGGUACGCUAAUUGUGAUGAUAGUGACGACCAUUAACACGGCCACCGUCUGCGUCACCAGUUUUAUCGAUGGCAUCUACUGGAUUGGCGGCGUUCACGCUUUUCUUCUGGUCUUUAUCCACAUCCCAGUCAUAGCCGUCAUGAUAUGGCUCAUGGUCAAGGCACGG